AUGGAUCUGUGGACCCUUCAGGUGAAGGACACGGCGAUCCGAACCCCUAUCUUCUCAUCGAUCCCUGAGAAAUCGCUUUCUAGGAAACUCGGUGCCGUGGAGAUUAAGCUUCUGAAGCGUAAAAUAUCUACUUCUGGGUAUCGUUCCUUGGUUGUUAGAGCUACAUCGAAGAAGAGUAACGAUGAUUCUUCUGCUUCUGGAGGAGAUGCUUCUCAGGAAAACAAGCCUUCUAAUGGCAACAAAUCAGGUGAUUCCACUACUCCAAAGCCGUUUGGUCUAAAUAAGGAUUGGAGAGAGUUCAGAGCAAACUUGUUUAUGAAGGAGCAGGAAGAAAAGGCUGAAUCCGAAGGUCACAAACCAGCCACGACAUCUCAUGAAUCUGAACCAAGAGGCCUGAAAUGGGCACACCCGAUUCCUUUUCCUGAAACUGGCUGCGUUCUAGUAGCCACAGAGAAGCUUGAUGGUUACAGAACGUUUGCAAGAACCGUCGUGCUUCUUCUUAGAGCAGGAACAAAACAUCCACAAGAAGGGCCAUUCGGAGUUGUCAUCAACCGUCCCCUUCACAAGAACAUCAAGCACAUGAAAUCAACUAAAACCGAGCUCGCUACCACGUUCUCAGAAUGCUCCUUGUACUUUGGUGGCCCUCUUGAAGCAAGCAUGUUCUUGCUCAAAACCGGCGAUAAAACCAAGAUACCGGGGUUCGAAGAAGUCAUGCCGGGACUUAACUUCGGUGCUCGAAACACGUUGGAUGAAGCUGCGGUGCUUGUAAAGAGAGGGUUUCUUAAACCACAGGACUUCAGAUUCUUUGUUGGUUACGCUGGUUGGCAACUAGAUCAGCUCAGAGAAGAGAUCGAAUCAGAUUACUGGCAUGUCGCCGCUUGCAGCUCCGAUCUAAUAUGUAGAGCUUCAUCGGAAAACUUAUGGGAGGAGAUUUUGCAGUUAAUGGGCGGCCAGUACUCAGAGCUUAGCCAGAAACCUAAGCUGGAUAUGUAG